GUAGAAUGUACAGUACAGUACAUGACUCGAGUAGGGAAUGGGAUCAAUUACUCCACACCAUGAAUGAAAUGUCUUUCCUUUUGUCACUUGUCACUACUCCAUAGUAGAUUACCGGAAAUGAAUUUCCACAUGGACCCAAUCCCAAACUGAGCGCCUUACUUUUUACCUUAGGUCAUCAUGCGGUCAGUUGCCCCUCGAAUGAACAGCGUCGGAAUGUCCCGCCACAUUUAACCCCUCCUUCUGUCCGUUAACAACAACGGUCAUCCAUUUAGUGGAUAGAUGUCAUGAUAAGAUCCCUGGCAGUAUUCUAGUUCCACGUUUCGCUGCGUGAGACACCCUAUGAUCCUCCACGGUUCCAACUCCAAAUGGCCCGCACCGCGAUAAGCAAGAUGUCCUGGGAGAGCCAUGUCCUUCGGCCGGUCCAGAACGCCCCUCCGUCUAUAAUCCCGAGUCUGAUAUACGGGACUGCCUGGAAGAAGACCCAGACUACUGAUCUAGUCUACCAGGCGCUCAGCACUGGCUUCCGUGCAGUGGAUACAGCGGCCCAACCAAAACACUAUCGGGAGGAUCUAGUGGGAGAGGGCAUUCGCAAGGCCCUCACUGAUGGCGCCAUUCAGCGCAAAGAUCUCCACAUUCAGACUAAAUUCACCUCCGUCCGGGGCCAGGACCCCAAGGAUAUGCCAUUUGAUCCGAAAACGUCCGUGACAGAGCAGGUUCACGCCUCGAUUCGAUCAUCGCUACAUAACCUGCGUCCUGCUGAUGCGGCGGAGAGUGCUAAUGAAGAGGGGUACAUCGACAUGCUGAUCCUGCACUCGCCGUUGCCCACAAUGGCACAGACGCUGGAGGCCUGGCAGACGUUUGAGACGUACGUCCCCCAUCGGAUCCGCAACCUGGGAAUAUCGAACACGGACCUGUCCACCCUGAAGGAGUUGUUUGCGCAGGUGCAAGUGAAACCCUCGGUGGUGCAGAAUCGGUUCUACGCCGAUACGCAGUAUGAUGUCGCGUUACGUACGUUUUGUCGGGAGCAGCACAUCAUCUAUCAAAGCUUCUGGACCUUGACGGCGAACCCUGACCUCGUUCGCUCGAAUGCCGUGCAGUCAUUGGCCCGGCAGGCCGAGAUUUCGCCCGCGGCCGCCCUCUACUGCCUGGUUUUAGGUCUUGGAUACACUACCGUGUUGGAUGGAACCACCAGCAGGGCUCGAAUGGAAGAGGAUCUGACAGCACUCAAGAAGAUGGAACGAUUCUCUGGCGAGCAGCCCGACUUUUGGCAGGGAAUCCUGGCAGAGUUCCGCCGGUCGAUUGGGGAGUAGACCAGGAGAUUGGCCGAGAGAUAUCUUACUGUGGUCCUUCGGAAAAAGGACCAUGCGUUGUUGGUCACUUGUGGAGGUGUUUCUCUUGUCUCGUACUGUACUUCCGGCGGUAUCUCGGUCCUGAGCCGUUUGCGCUGGGCGAUAUCCUCUUUUGGACUGUGUUUGCUCUUUUUGUCCCUUCCCCAGUCCAACAGCAAGAUUUGAGCAGCCAGAACUCCAUCGAAGCCACUUGAAACAUCUGGAGGGCCAAUAGUUCUGGGGAUCACGCCCAUCCAAAUGCCGAACAAGGUCGAGGCUACUGUUGACUGUUGGCUAUGAUUGGAUAGGAGGGGAGAGUGGAGAGCGUGCCGGUCCAAGGCACGGCCGACUAGUGUUAAAACAGCCUCUAACUGUACAAUUGUAGAACUGAACUAAACAACAAAGAUUUUUUUUUCUUCUUCUUUUUC